CAAUCUGUCAUAUGUUUUCUAGCCGAGUGGCUCACUUUUCUACGCGGGUGGCACCCCCUGGUGCUUGGACCACCCGACGUGAUUGCUGUCUGGAAAAUGACUUAAAUAGGUAGUUUCCGUUGUGGCAGGGCAAGUGAGGAAAAGCAAUCCAAUAUCAAGUGGUCCAACGGUGCGGUGUGUGGAAUGCCAUAAAGGAGGGGGCGUGUGGGCUGCACAAAAUUCAAGCCCGCUGGCGCCCACUUCCCUCUGAUCCGCGUUACGAGAUCAAUCGCUCCUCUGCUCCCCUUCUGUUCAUUGAACGAACCUCCGUUUGCCCUACCCCCCUAAGCCCAUCACCUAUUGCACCACACACUUUGGAAAUGCCUGUCACGCGUGCCUCCCCUGCAUUUGAACCUGGAUUGUGUCACAUUUGCGACAAGAAAUUGAGUCGGAAAGCUGAUCUUCCACGCCAUAUGCGUACGCAUGCAGCGAACAAGGAGGCGUUUAUGUUUCCUUGCCCCUACGCAGGGUGCGAGUAUAAGGCCCUUCAACGUUCUAAUUUGACCACGCAUAUUCAUACCCACACUGGUGCACGCCCAAACAAGUGCCCGCACCCAGAAUGCACCUACACAACUUCUGAUCCUGGCUCCCUUACACGUCACCGUAGAAAGGCCCAUGGUUACGAUCCCAAAGAUAAGAAAACUCGUUCAUCGGCGACAAAAUCCUGCAAAAAAACUCGGAAACGCGAACGACACUCCACAUACCCUUCCUCGUCACCAUCUUCUUCCGAGGAUUCGAGCUCUGACGAGUUUACGUGGCUUGAGCGUCAGCUGUCUGAGCUUGAUGAGCUCUUUGCGGAACAGUCCUCCUGUUCCGCCCUCAUACCUGGCCUUGUAGCCCCCAACACGUACCCUGCGUAUGACAGUGCACUGGCCACUCGCGCUGCAUCUUAUGACAACCUACCCUCAGUGUCUUAUUUGGUGGAGGACCCCUUCAACCCGGAACUUCUGUGUUCUCGAGGUAUCGAGAUACCAACUGUGUCCUACCCAUCGAUUUUUCAAGGUUUCGAGCAGGAGUUGCCAUAUAUCCAAAGCGGCGCAGACAUCUCUAAUCUCUGGAUUCCUGCGCCUUCUCCCGGCGACAACGAUAGCAUCUUCUCUGGCCCUGCUUAUAAUGCUUGUCAACAGGGCUUUGUUGCUCCGAUCCAACCCCUUCAGAGUGCUGGUGUUUUUCCCCACAACGACUCACCAUCUCUUACAUCUGGCGUUUCACGACCUCCCCUUGCAGAAUUUGAUGGAGGCUUCGCAUUCACUGACGUACUCGGACCGCAGGGAUUCCUUGGAUUCCCUAGCGUCAACGGAUUCGGCGUAGGUGCUGCCGACAUCUUCCCCCAAAUACACCUGCAAUGCUAGAGCUUGGGGCAGGAUAUAUCUGCCUUCUCACCAGCAUCUCACACAUACACCUGCACUAUGCGGGACUCGGCAUCAAACAUUUUCAUU